AAACCACAGUACGUUCAGUUCUUUUCUUCAUUUGCCUAAUGGAUUACUAGGUCAGCAAGGGAACAGUCACAGACUUGGUCAUGCGUUCACACACACAAGCACACACACAAAACGGGGCAGACAUAAGCAAGGUAUAAAAGGUAACUAUACCUAUUUCUGAGCAGAGGGAUUGAUCACAUCUUGCAGGAAGUCAAGAACAAAGCAACCAUGUUUUGGACAAGAUAUGCUGGAGCAAGUAUUUUAUUGUUUUUAAUGCUUAUUCAUCUUGGUCAACUGUAUCCAAGAAAUUACAUGAAUAACUUUGGAUGUGAGGAGUGCAAACUCAAAGAGAACAACAUUUUCUCAAAACCUGGGGCUCCUGUCUAUCAGUGUAUGGGAUGCUGUUUUUCUAGGGCUUACCCUACGCCCCUGAGGUCCAAGAAAACCAUGCUUGUUCCAAAAAACAUCACAUCAGAAGCUACAUGCUGUGUAGCCAAAGAAGUUAAACGGGUGCUUGUCGAUGAUGUCAAACUAGUGAACCACACAGACUGCCACUGCAGCACCUGUUACUAUCAUAAGUCUUAAAAAAUAUUGAAGCAUUCAAGAUUUGCUUGUGUCUGCCUAAAACUAGUUAUGUUCCCAUCUACCUGUCAUUUUAUGCCAAUUAUUAGAAUUUUGUUUGUUGUGCAUAUUUACUUUUCUACCAUGCAAAUUUCUUCAAAACAUUUUCAAAGCUGAGUGUUGUUUUACACCACUUCUUUUCCAAAAGUUUGCCAUCAUUAUUGUAUUUAUUAUAAUGUUUUUUUCAUAAAAAAAUGCAAAAAAGCAUAAUCACUGCGCUUGAUGUUAGUUUGAGCCCUCCUUUACUGGUAAUUGCAAUUAUUGUCAAUUAUCACUUGUCAUCUUGCUGUUGUAAGAUUGUUCAAA